AAUUUUGAGAGCAAGGCUUAUUUGGCAGCGUUUCUUUGCCUCUUUGAUUUUCUUUUUUUCUCUUUAAUUUCAUUCAUUUUGAAUUACUCUAUACCACUUCUUUUUCCAUACAACCUUGAAUCGGUUUUGCAAUAGCACAAACGACGAAAGAACGCGGGCGAUAAAAUAGGCGACUUGUUUACACAAAAUUUUUUAAUUUUAGACACGCAAACUUACAGACCAACGGGUAUACAUAUCUUUCUCAUUCAAAAUAAUGACAGACGUUCAGGCAGCAGGCAGCAGCGACAACAUCACGCAGGAAGUCAAAACAGUUCUCAACGAUGCCAAAGACUUUAACGCCCUGCACGGACUCAACUCGGAAUGGACGCUGUGGUUUGACAACCCGAGCAAGCGGACAAGCACAUCGAACUGGACAGCCAACCUGAAGGAAAUCGUGACUCUGAAGGCCGUUGAAGACUUUUGGGGCGUGUACAACAACGUGGCCAUUGCAUCGGACCUGCCCAACGGAUCCAACUACCAUCUGUUCCGCAAGGGCGUCAGGCCCAUGUGGGAAGACGCAGCCAACGCGCGUGGUGGCAAGUGGGGCUACCAGUUCCAGCGCAGCAUCGGCGAGAAGGUGAAUGAGCACUGGCUGCACACUCUUUUGGCCUGCAUUGGCGAGUCGUUUGACUCGAGCCCCGAUGUCUGUGGCGCCGUGUUCUCAAACAGAAAGAGCUGCUUCCGUAUUGCCAUUUGGACCCGCAACGCUGAUGACCAGGAGGCGUGCGAGAACAUCGGCCGCCAUUUCAAGAGCGUCCUUGGCGUCAGCCAUCCGCUGGAGUACUUUGCGCACAGCGACAGUUCUAAGACUGGCAACAGCGUUGCGUACACAGUUUAGACGCACACGAAAGAGGAGAACAUGAUUUUGGGUUAGAUUUUUCUUUAAGGGAGAGCGCAGCUUAACAUGGGUGCAGUGCAUACUUUUUUAUUUGUCGCAAUACGAGAAAUGUUGCGAAAAAAAUGUUUUUAUUUUAUUUU